AUGCACGCAUCAACCUGCUCGUCCGAGCGCAACUGGUCGGCAUGGGGCCUCGUCUACACGAAGGCGCGCAAUCAGCUGGCCAUUGAGCAGGCGGAGAAGAUCGUUUACAUCCGUGGCAACGCGGGCUUGCAGGGCAACCAAGGCGCUGCGGCGGAUGAGGUGGAGCUGAUUCUCCAGCAAUUUCACCUUAAUUUCACCGAUUGUUGUGCUUUCGAAGCAGCUUCUUCACAACGUUCGCUCGCCUGUCCGUUCCUGGCUUCGGUCCAGGUUUUCGCUGGUCAGGCAGCAUCUGACACGGCAGCAGCUGAGAUGGAGGUGGGAGUGCGACCAGUGGAACGGGGAAGCGGAGAGGACACACAUCGGCUUUGUGACUGUGGAGCGGUUGAAGACGAUUUAACAUGUUUUCGCGGACUGCUCUGCUAA